CGCGUCAAAGACUGCCGAUAUAUUAGGCAGCCUUUGAGCAUUUAUGAAACGAAAUAAUUCUCUGUAGGUUUAACCAUAGUCUUCUUUCUUCUUCUUAUAUUUGUUCAUUUUUCUUUCAAUUUUUGUUUUUAUUUUUGAUAGUAAAUGGAUAUGGAAGAUAACGUCUUUAUCGAAUGUGACAUCGAUUGGAACGAUCUUUUCUCGGAGUUGUCGGAUCCAUCACCGGUGGAGACUUUCUCGAAUCCCUCAUCUGAUGUUUCGGUAUCUUCAUGGGCGGCGGAGGUCGAGAGUUUGUUAAUGAAGGAUAAUGAUGACGAUUUAGAGCCGCUGAAUCAGCAAUCGCUCGACGAUUUCUUUUCAGAUAUACUUGUUGAUUCUCCUGCUCCUUGUGCGGAGGUCGUUGACGUGGCAACUGAUAAAGAUUCUAAUGUUUCCGAUGAAUCUGUUCCUGUUACCCCGGAGGAGGAAGAGAAGCUGGUUCACGAAUUAGAAGCCAACGACAACAACAAUAACAGCGAAAAUAACACCAGUAACAAUGAUAAUGAUGAUGACGCUGGCGCUGACGAUCCCAUCUCCAAGAAACGGAGAAGGCAGUUGAGAAAUAGGGAUGCAGCAGUUAGAUCGAGGGAGAGAAAGAAGAUGUUUGUGAAGGAUCUUGAGAUGAAGAGUAGGUACUUAGAAGGUGAAUGCAGGAAACUGGGGCGGUUGCUUCAGUGUGUUGUUGCAGAGAAUCAAGCUCUUCGUCUUAGUUUACAAAAGGGCAAUGCAUUUGGUGCAUCCUCGGCCAAGCAGGAGUCUGCCGUGCUCUUGUUGGAAUCCCUGCUGUUGGGUUCCCUGCUUUGGUUCCUGGGCACCAUGUGCCUGUUUACCCUGCCCACACUAAUCCAGACAAAUCUGGAGUUGGUUCCACUAGAAAACGUGGAAGAGAAAGCUCCAGGAAAUCUAGCUCCAAGAGGAGCAGGAACUAAGGUUUUGAUAUUCUCAGUGUUAAAAUCUCGGAGAUGCAAAGCUUCAAGGACAAAGAUGAAAAUGAGAGAUGAUAUUCCUAGAGUUUUGGCAUGAGAGUUACUUUACUAGUGCCCCUAUCGAAUCUUUUAUUAUGAGGGGAUGGUGAAGGUUAAAAUAUUAGGGAGCAGUUUUAAUGCUACAGUAGUAGUAACCGGUGCUGUCAAUAAGAACCAUGAUGUGUUAUAGAACUCUGUUCUCUGUGCUUUCGUUUUAAGUUAUUUUUGUAUGAUAGUAUUGAUAGUUUCUUAUUUGGGUUCAUGAGGUAAUAUUUUAUAAUUUUGUUCC